CCAACUACCAGGCGUUAAUUGUGCGGUUUUAAUUUUAGACAGCAUCGUUCUUUUGUUUCACGUCAUCUCUUGUCUUGGUUCUGAAAAUGUGUGUCUCCUCUUAUAUUGAUUUAUUACCUCCUUCACAGGGCAAUUAAUAGUAAUUUACUUUCUUCGCUGCAUCAGCUUUAUUUACACCGUCAACGCAUUGAAUCUUUCCCUCAAACGCGUCUCCCACUAAUUCCUGCGUAAUUAUUUUAUUUAAUUUAUCUUUUAGAAAAUGGCGACUCCUGUUUUUUAUGAUAUAUAAUGUAAUGACAUAUAUUCAAAUUUUCUCCGAGUGGGUUACCAUUCUUUAAAAAACAAAAAAUAAAAAAUAAAAUCGGCGCUUCUUCCAGACUCAUUUUGAAUUUCCACUGAAGUUGCAAGGUUUUCAGCCACGAAAUUUAGGUUGAAACCGAUGUAGUUAAAAUAUGCCGACGAUUAGAGCUCCAGCUAAGAAGCAAACUACGACUUUAACGGUUGCGGUAAAAUGUAGACCGUUAAGUCAGAGGGAAUGCAGUCGCGACAUUGUUAGAGUAAAAAACAACAAGGAAGUGGUAGUGUUAGAUCCUGACUUAUCAAAGGAUUAUUUGGAUCGCAUUCAAAAUCGAACCAAAGAGAAAAAGUAUUGUUUCGAUCACGCCUUUGGUCCUCAGUCUACAAAUUUGGAUACCUACCAGAAAUGUAUAUCUACUAUAAUCUCGGGAGUUGUACAAGGUCUUAAUGCAACUGUAUUUGCCUAUGGUUCAACUGGAAGUGGUAAAACUUACACAAUGGUUGGGACACAGCAUGAUCCUGGACUCAUGGUUCUGAGUUUGCACACAAUUUUUGAUCUUAUUAGAAGGGAUAAGAGCUCUGACGAAUUUGAAGUUACUUGUUCCUAUCUUGAAGUCUACAAUGAGGUUAUAUAUGAUUUACUCGAAAAAUCAUCAGGUUCUUUGGAACUUAGAGAGGAUCCUGAGCAUGGAAUAGUUGUUGCUGGGCUAAGAUGCAUUAAGGUUCAUUCAGCUGAUAAGAUCCUUGAACUUUUAAAUUUGGGGAAUAGUCGAAGAAAAACAGAAAGCACAGAGGCUAAUGCUACAUCUUCAAGAUCACAUGCAGUAUUGGAGAUUACUGUGAGAAGAAAACAGAGAAACAAAUAUAAAAAUCAAGUCAUGCGAGGAAAACUUGCACUUGUUGACCUUGCUGGCAGUGAACGAGCUUCUGAAACAAACAGUACGGGCCAAAAGCUGAGGGAUGGUGCUAACAUUAAUCGUUCACUUCUUGCUUUAGCGAACUGCAUCAAUGCUCUAGGGAAACAACAAAAGAAGGGUCUUGUCUAUGUUCCAUACCGCAAUAGUAAACUGACAAGGAUACUUAAAGAUGGUUUGAGUGGUAACUCUCAGACAGUGAUGGUUGCUACAAUAUCUCCUGCAGAUAGUCAGUAUCAUCACACUGUGAAUACCCUGAAAUAUGCAGACAGGGCAAAGGAAAUAAAGACACACAUCCAGAAAAAUAUUGGCACAAUCGAUACACAUGUAUCAGAUUAUCAACGAAUGAUUGACAGUCUUCAGAUUGAAGUUUGCCGAUUGAAGAAAGAACUAGCAGACAAGGAAUCACAGUUGAGUGUCAAACCAACAGAAACGACUGCUGAUGAUGAACUGUCUUGGUUAAAUGUCUUGAGCCAAGAAAUCAGUGAAAAUGUUCAGGAACGUAUAAACUUACAGAAGGCACUGUUUGAACUUGAGGAAACCAAUCUUCGAAACCGCACUGAACUUCAGCAUCUUGAUGAUGCUAUUGCAAAACAACCGGUUUCUGAAAAGGAUGGUACAGUUUCUGAAGCUCUGAGAGUGAGGAGGCAAGAUAUUCUUGAUAACAUCCGUGACAAUGAUGAGGCUGGUAUUAAUUACCGAAAGGAAAUUGAAGAAAAUGAAAAGCAUCGUUGCCAACUCCAAGGUAUGAUUGAGGAAGCAAUCAGUAACAAUGGCAAUAAAACUUACUUGCGCAUACUCAGUCAAUACAGACUCCUGGGGAUGGCUAAUACCGAGCUUCAGUUUGAAAUGGCAAUGAGAGAACAGAUAAUCCACAACCAAAGAGAGGCACAAAGAAAUCUUUGGAACUUGAUCAUGGGGUUGGGACUUGAUGAGAAACAGAUACUUGACCUUGCUGCCAAGCAGGGAAUAACGAUUGAAGAUUGGACAGUGACACGCUAUCCGGGGCUUUCAAACAGAGGGAAAUCACCCAAUUUGGCAUCUGGAGGGUAUGCUCCAUUCAGUUAUGGUCUUUCUAUAAACCAAUGGCGUAGAUCAUCUUGCAUCUGCCAGAAUCAUCAACGUGUUGCUUCAAAGUCAUUUUCUCAAGACCGCUGGGACCUGUCUCCUACAUUUUUCCGGGAAAAGCACCAUAGUUUUUACUACUUACUAGCUCAUGAUAACUCUCCGCCAUGUGUCAGGUUCAGGAGGAGUAGUGAUAACUGGGUCAGUGGUGGUCAUCCAAUUUCUUGGUUUGGCACCCCUGAUAAGCUUCCCCGAGAUUUGCGGAAAUCAUACCCAGAGAUAACUCCUGUUUCAUCAUGCAAUGAAAUCUAUCUACCAACUCCAGCUUUCGGUGCAGAUUUUGGACAGGGGCAAAAGGACAUUAUGAGGCAAAAUUUAUACAGCAAGGCUCCUCAUGGUGCAAUCAGUAGCAGCAGCCAAGACAUGGUCAAAGGACCAAUAGUCGGUCUCGGUAGGACAGCCAAUGGUUUGUUGGGAUUUAUCCCAUCCGAACAAUCCUUUAGUACACACGGCCUGAAUCAUUCGGUCCAAAAUUCCAACCCCUCCAACCACCCAAGCCUUUCCUGCAUUCAUACAUUUACUAACCAAAGCUUUAAAACUUAAGGCUGCCCCUCCAUUUUUGUAUAGCUUUCUUGUAUGUUGUACCUUAGUCUUUCUUUCCAUUGUUUUGUUUUUGCAUUCUUUUCUCUCCAGUGUUGAUGUAUAUACAUGAAUCAGUGCAUCAGAGUUGGCUUAGGAGGAAUUGGUAGCUGAAUUCUUUGUUUCUCCAUUGUGGAGAUUAGAGGGUUUAUAAAACCCAAGCUGCGGAUUGUAGGUUGUUUUUGUAACAGUAAUGUUUCAUAGAAAAAAAAAAAACGUUCAAUAUAUUUCUUCAGUUGAAAUCUAAGUUACAAAAUGAACGACAAAAUUGCUCCCAAGAA